UAAAUAAAAAAAAUAUAGAUUAGAGAAAAAGAAAAAGUGGAAUUAAAAUCAUGGCAGGGGGUGGAUUUACAAAUGAAGGACAAUUGAAAAGAGCUCAUCUUUAUGAGUAUAGAUUCACAUGGUAUUUCUUCAAUGCAUGCAUUGUUGCUGCCCUUGGAGGCUCUCUCUUUGGCUAUGAUCUUGGUGUUUCUGGUGGAGUAACUUCCAUGGACGAAUUCCUAAAGCAAUUCUUUCCAAAAGUCUACAACCGCAAACAACUUCAUAUCAAAGAAACAGAUUACUGCAAAUACGACGAUCAAAUCCUCACUCUCUUCACUUCCUCUCUCUACUUCGCCGGUCUCCUCUCCACCUUCUUCGCUUCUCACAUCACCAGAAACUAUGGCCGUCGAGCAAGCAUUCUCGUUGGAUCCGUCUCCUUCUUUCUUGGCGGCUUUAUCAACGCCGUCGCAAUCAACAUUGCCAUGCUCAUCAUCGGCCGAAUCCUCCUCGGAAUCGGUAUCGGAUUCGGCAACCAAGCCGUUCCAUUGUACCUUUCCGAAAUUGCUCCGGCCAAAAUCCGCGGUCAAGUCAACCAAUUGUUCCAAUUGACGACUUGCUUAGGGAUUCUGAUCGCCAAUUUCAUCAAUUACGGGACAGAGAAGAUUCAUCCAUGGGGAUGGCGAUUAUCUUUAGGGUUAGCGAUGUUUCCAGCGGCGACGAUGUUCAUCGGCGGAUUGUUUCUUCCUGAAACGCCGAAUAGUUUAGUGGAACAGGGAAAAUUAGAGGAAGCGAGAAGAGUUCUUGAGAAGAUUCGAGGAACGACGAACAUCGAAGCGGAAUUUGCAGAUCUUGUUGAUGCCAGCGAUGCGGCUAGGGCUGUGAAGAAUCCGUUUAGGAAUUUGUUGCGGCGGAAGAAUCGGCCGCAAUUGAUCAUCGGAGCGAUUGGGAUUCCCGCGUUUCAGCAGCUUACGGGGAAUAAUUCGAUUCUGUUUUAUGCUCCGGUGAUUCUGCAGAGCUUAGGGUUUGGAUCGGCGGCGUCUUUGUAUUCGUCGGCGUUUACAAGCGGAGCUUUGGUUGUUGCAGCUUUGAUUUCGAUGUUUCUUGUGGAUAAAUUUGGGAGAAGGAAAUUCUUUCUUGAAGCUGGUUUUGAAAUGUUCGUCUACAUGAUAGCCGUGGCAAUAAUACUGAAACUAAACUUCGGACAAGGAAAGGAGCUAUCAAAAGGCGUAAGCAUAUUGCUAGUGUGUUUUAUUUGGCUAUUCGUUUUAGCGUACGGACGGUCAUGGGGUCCAUUAGGAUGGUUAGUUCCAAGCGAGUUAUUUCCAUUAGAAACAAGAUCCGCCGGCCAAAGCAUCGUUGUCUGUGUAAACCUCUUCUUCACAGCUCUCAUCGCUCAGUGCUUUUUGGCUGCAAUGUGUCAUCUUCGCUAUGGCAUUUUCUUUCUCUUUGCAGCUUUGAUAUUUCUCAUGAGUUGCUUCAUCUACUUUCUUUUGCCUGAAACUAAGCAAGUUCCUAUUGAAGAGGUUUAUCUUCUUUGGGAAAAUCAUCCUUUUUGGAAGAGUUUUGUUCGUGACGAUGAUCAACCAAAUGUUUGAAUCAAUCUCACAAGGAAAAGCCUUCUAUUCAUCAACUACUUUAAUUUUAAUUAGGCUUUGAGUAAAUUAAAUUUGAACAUGGUUCAAGUUAAUUUUAUGUUAAGACGUAGAUUAUGCUUUUGUUAGCUUAUUAUUAUACAUGUGUGUACUGUGAUUUGUGGUUAUCCACAUGGCUGUUUAUGCCCAAUUUUACAUCAAUAAAAAUGAGAAAAUUUAUAGUGUUAA